ACGCCAUCCCCUCACUCGGGCAAAUGCGCAUCAGCUUUCCGCGCGUGACGUAGUGCGGGACGGACUCCAUUUCGAGGCCAUCAUCAAUCCGAAGAUCCGACUUUGCGCUCUUGACACGCCCAUCUAAAGCUACAGCAGAAUUACCCUCGACCUGUCGACUCGGAGUUGUCAAAUCAAGUAGCUUCAAGCUUGAUCACAGCUUAAUCCUUGCCGUCAGCCAUCGCGAUAGCCUUCCACUCUUCGGCUAGCUUUACACACGCCGAUAAAUCACACAUUGUGCAAUGUUCUGGUCCAAGGGUCCCGACAAACCCUCUGACAAGUCAGAUGCCGCAUCAACAUCAAAAGCAGCAGACACAUCCAAAGAUGGCGCCCGCAAAACCCCGUUCGACGCCGACAAGCUCCCCGACAGGCAGAAGCUCUCGCCGUCGCUGCAGAAGAUUGUAGACAAAGCGGACAAGGAUGACUCCAUCUACGAUCAGCUGGUGGACGGCUAUGCUCCGGAUUCGACCGAUUCUAACAUCCGCUACGCCGGAUACGCCGCCCGCCUCCGCACGAUAAUGCUCUCGGCUCACCGAUACGUUGCCUACACAUCAGACAUCGGCGAGUCCUUCCGACCUGUGGCACACCCCUACCUGAUCAAGGGGGCCUACGGCGUGUCCUGGCUCUACAUACUCGGCGACGUAUCACACGAAGGCUACAAGUCAUACUGGCACAAUCAGCGCACGCGCAACCCGCAAAUAACCCUUACGGCUACCCAGCAGCGCAUUCUAGGCUCCGACGCGACCGCCCCGAAGGCAUCCGACUUGAAGCCGGGGACGGUCACGCCGCUCGAGGAUUACCGUACCGUCAUGGCCCAGCGCGCAAUCUUCCAGAGCCUUGCGAGCAUGGGGCUACCCGCAUUCACCAUACACAGCGUGGUUAGGUAUUCUGGCAAGGCCAUGAAGAACCUCAAGAACAAGACGAUAAGGACUUGGGGACCCAUAGGGCUGGGACUCAGCGUGGUGCCCUUCCUUCCAUCUCUUUUCGAUCACCCCGUCGAGAAUGCUGUGGAGUGGACCUUUCACAAGGGAUUCGAGACCUUUGGUGGUCACAAGAGCGUUGGAGAUGCUCCCGCGACCGGCAGGGAAAGUCAACUCAACAAACCUCCCAAGGAGAAGGAGCUCUAAAAGGGUGUCGAUGCACGUAGGAAACGGUAGGAUGGCGAGAGCCAUGUAUGUAUGUAUGAUACCCACAACUCUAUGAACAAUUUCAUCUCUCCGCCUGUGUCUUGGCCGUUUCUAUCACGUUUAGGACCGCUCCCCCAACCAUGCAUGCAUUGUCUUCCCUAGGGUAACUCGGCUGUUUAAUCGCGAUUCGCACGCUCAAACAUGCAAUGGUAUUGUAAUUCGAUUCAAGCCAAAACUCCCAUAGAUGCAAUGGCUAUGCCCUCCAUAUACACUGUAUCAUACUCAAAAACAAGGGGCAGAGUGGACGUGUGUAGAUGGUAUUUGGAUGUACAAAAAAAGAUGAUGCAUGGAAAAUACAAAGGAGAAAUGACGAGGUCGAGAUAGGCAAUUACAUCUCUAUCAGGCUUGGCGGCGGGCCGACCCCUC